CCUUAGGUGCCAAAGUCUGCAAGUCGGUGAGGGUGUUCGGGAAAUUCAGGAUGAAUGAGUGGGAGGCAGGGUAUGUACCAGAGUUCUGUCAAUGCGGCACAGGGAGGCAUGCCGAGUUCCUCAACACUGCCACCAUCAAGAUGCUCCCGGAGGAAGGUACCUUGCACGUCAUCACUAAUGACACCGACGUAACGAACAAUGGCCAGUUGCAGCUCAUGCUCAAUGCGGUUCUGAAUCACAUCCCACUCAGAGCACUCGAUGAGGAGUUUACAUUGGACGAGGUUGAGGUAGCGCUUGACAAGAUACUUACCACGCGGAGAUGCGACGAGGAGCUGUCCCUGGGGGAAGAAAGGCAAGUGAAGGCGAUUGUGCGAGAGAACGCUAAGAAAUACAUCAGGAGCUUUCGAACGAAACAUAUGCAUAUCACAGGUGAACCUAUUAACAACGUGGCAGUAAGGAGCGAGAUCGAAUGGCUGACCAGUCGGUAUCUGGUCUGUCCAACGGACAAGGCACCACACACCCCCGCUUUCGUCUGCAUCAACUUCAUCAGAAGGUUGGCAUUGCAGAGGCUCUCGGGGCCGAACUUCACACCGCUUCCAGAUUCACCAGAGCAGGAGGCGGCAAGGCUGGUGCGGGAGGCUGCUACCUUCACUCAUAUUGGGCACGAGGCACUGCCGUUCCCGGACCUCAUGACAGUGUAUAAGGCACACAAUCAAUCCUUCAGGUGGAUCACGAACUCUGCAGGUUCGGUGCUCUCCCCGGUGGCGAACGUCUGCGAAAGAUUACCGAAGCUACUAGCUGAGGAUGUUCAGGCCCUCUGCACGAGCAGGAGCGAAGAGAUUCUUGCCGAUCAUUGGGUCAGACCCAACUUCUGGUGGCCGAUCUCCUCGAUCGGGGAAUUCGUUGCCAACAUCCCGCAGCGUAUUUACUCCGUCUUCAUGGUGGAUAUCACUAGGUGUUUCGAGACGAUACCCACGGACGGCCUGCUGGAGACGAUCAGAUUCUUCGUUCGCUGCGUCAUGGAAUGGAGGAGGGCAAGGACAACCAGGGACGUGGUCGCGAUCAGAAUCGCAACCAACGACACACUGCACCCCUAAUGGUUGAAUGGGGAUCAAGAUAGGGGUUUUUGAUGUGUGACAAAAAAAAUAUAAAUAAAAAAUAAGUAAAUAAAUAUCGAUUGA